UCCUGCGCCUAGUUCCAAUAUGGCGAGUGGCGGCGGCGGCGGGGGGACCGGGCCGGGGGCCGGAGCCGGGGGCCGAGGGAUGAGCGGCGCCCGCUGGGGCCGCACGGGCCCCGCCGCGCAGGAGAAGCUGCCCGUGCACGUGGAGGAUGCCCUCUCCUAUCUGGAUCAGGUGAAGAUCCGAUUUGGGAGUGACCCUGCCACCUACAAUGGCUUCCUGGAGAUCAUGAAGGAGUUCAAGAGCCAAAGCAUUGAUACUCCUGGCGUCAUCAGGCGAGUGUCUCAGCUCUUCCAUGAACACCCUGACCUCAUUGUUGGAUUCAACGCUUUUCUUCCUCUGGGAUACAGGAUAGAAAUCCCAAAGAAUGGCAAAUUAAGCAUUCAGGCCCCGUUGACAAGUCAGGAGAAUUCCCACCAUCGCAAUGACUCUGCAGAUGACUAUAAGCAGCAGCUGGCAUAUAAGGAAGACAGACAUCAGGGACCCUUGGAAUCUGAUUCGGUGGAAUUCAACAAUGCUAUAAGCUAUGUGAAUAAAAUCAAAACCCGUUUUCUUGACCACCCAGAAAUCUACAGAUCAUUCUUAGAGAUAUUACAUACUUACCAGAAGGAGCAGCUGAACACUAAAGGACGCCCUUUCCGGGGUAUGUCAGAGGAGGAAGUCUUUACUGAGGUAGCUAAUCUCUUCAGGGGACAGGAGGAUCUACUCUCUGAGUUUGGACAGUUCCUUCCAGAAGCCAAAAGAUCUUUGUUCACAGGAAAUGGACCGUGUGAAAUGAAUAGUGUUCAGAAAAGUGAUCAUGAAAAGAGUCUGGAACACAGCAAAAAACGGUCUAGGCCUCUGCUCCUUCGUCCUGUCACCGGCCCAGCCAAGAAGAAAAUGAAAUUGAGAGGGACCAAAGAUCUGUCUGUUGCAGCUGUGGGAAAAUAUGGAACGUUGCAAGAAUUCUCUUUCUUUGACAAGGUACGCCGAGUACUAAAAAGUCAAGAAGUCUAUGAAAAUUUCCUUCGCUGCAUUGCUCUUUUCAAUCAGGAGUUGGUGUCCGGCUCAGAGCUCCUACAACUGGUCACCCCUUUCUUAGGAAAAUUUCCAGAACUCUUCGCCCAAUUCAAGUCCUUCUUGGGAGUAAAAGAGCUUUCGUUUGCACCACCCAUGAGUGAUCGAUCUGGGGAUGGAAUUGGUCGGGAAAUUGACUACGCAUCUUGCAAGCGCAUAGGAUCUAGUUACCGGGCACUCCCCAAAACUUACCAACAGCCAAAGUGCAGUGGCAGGACAGCCAUAUGCAAGGAGGUUUUAAAUGAUACCUGGGUGUCCUUUCCAUCUUGGUCUGAAGACUCUACAUUUGUCAGUUCAAAAAAAACUCCAUAUGAAGAGCAGCUGCAUCGCUGUGAGGAUGAACGGUUUGAGUUAGAUGUUGUCUUGGAGACGAACCUUGCCACUAUCCGGGUUUUGGAGAGUGUGCAGAAAAAGCUCUCUAGAAUGUCUCCAGAAGAUCAGGAAAAAUUCCGAUUAGAUGACUGCCUGGGAGGGACAUCAGAAGUCAUCCAGCGGCGAGCAAUCUACCGAAUUUAUGGUGAUAAAGCCCCAGAAAUUAUUGAAAGUCUGAAGAAAAAUCCAGUGACUGCUGUUCCUGUAGUACUAAAAAGGCUAAAAGCUAAAGAGGAAGAAUGGAGAGAAGCUCAACAGGGUUUCAAUAAAAUCUGGCGGGAGCAAUAUGAGAAGGCUUAUUUAAAAUCUCUUGACCAUCAGGCUGUUAAUUUUAAGCAAAAUGAUACUAAAGCCCUUCGAUCAAAAAGUUUGCUGAAUGAAAUUGAAAGUGUUUAUGAUGAGCAUCAGGAACAACAUUCAGAGGGCCGUAAUGCCCCAACUAACGAGCCCCACCUCAUUUUUGUGUAUGAAGACAAGCAGAUCCUGGAGGACGCAGCCUCACUCAUCAGCUACUAUGUGAAGAGGCAGCCAACAAUCCAGAAGGAGGAUCAGGGCACUAUCCAGCAGAUAGUCCACCACUUUGUGCCCAGCUUAUUCUUUUCCCAGCUCUCAGAUCUUGUUAUUUCUGAAGAGUCGACGGAUGAAGACCGAGAACACAGUCAGGGACAGAAUGUGGACACCGCCGAGCUUUGGAAGAAAUCCUCAUCUCUGCCACAGAGCAGCCCCCUGGAUGAAAAGGGUGGCUUGUGCGCAGCAGCAGUGGUGGCCCCCGAGCAGCCUGGGGCGCUGGACGAUGUUUACAGCCUCUUCUUUGCCAAUAACAACUGGUAUUUCUUCCUGCGCCUUCACCAGACUUUGUGUUCAAGACUUUUAAAGAUUUACCGGCAGGCCCAGAAGCAGCUCUUAGAAUAUCGGACUGAGAAGGAGAGAGAGAAACUCCUCUGUGAAGGAAGGAAGGAGAAAUCCAACGACCCUGCGAUGGAGCUGCGGCUGAAGCAGCCAAGUGAGGUGGAACUGGAAGAGUAUUACCCAGCAUUUUUGGACAUGGUAAGGAGUUUACUAGAGGGCAACAUUGAUCCCACGCAGUAUGAGGACACUCUUCGGGAGAUGUUUACCAUUCAUGCCUACAUCGGCUUCACUAUGGAUAAGCUGGUCCAGAACAUCGUGCGGCAGCUUCAUCACUUGGUGAGUGAUGACAUUUGUCUAAAAGUGGUGGAACUCUACCUCAACGAGAAGAAGCGAGGGGCAGCAGGAGGAAACUUGUCCUCACGCUGUGUCCGUGCAGCCAAGGAGACGAGUUACCAGUGGAAGGCAGAGAGGUGCAUGGCUGAUGAGAACUGCUUCAAGGUGAUGUUUCUUCAGAGAAAAGGGCAGGUGAUAAUGACCAUUGAAUUGCUAGACACAGAAGAGGCCCAGACAGAAGAUCCUGUGGAAGUCCAGCACUUAGCCAAUUACAUGGAGCAGUAUGUGGGCACAGAGGGAGCAUCGAAUCCACCAAAUGAUGGCUUCCUUUUGAAACCUGUUUUUCUGCAAAGAAAUCUCAAGAAGUUCCGUCAGUGGCAAAGCAAGCAGGUCCGAGCUCUCCGCAGCGAGGUGAAGAGUUCCUGGAAGAGACUUGUUGGCGUGGAAAGCGCCUGCAAUGUUGACUGCCGUUUCAAGCUCACCACCCACAAGAUGGUGUUCAUUAUGAACUCGGAGGAUUACAUGUAUCGCCGAGGGACACUCUGCCGGGCUCAGCAGGUCCAGCCUGUCGUCCUGUUGAAGCAUCACCAGCAGUUUGAAGAGUGGCACAGCCGCUGGCUGGAGGACAAUGUCACGUCCGAGGCCGCGGAGCUGGUCCAGGACUGGCUGAUGGGUGAGGAGGAUGAAGACAUGGUGCCGUGCAAGACAACCUGUGAGACAGUGACCAUUCACGGCCUCCCUGUGACUCGGUACCGGGUGCAGUACAGCCGUCGCCCUGCUUCUCCCUGACUGUUCCACGAAGGGAAGAUGGGAGCUCUCCCGACACUUGGACUCUUGAAAAGAGUGAUGGGAAUGCAGUGUGUGUAUUAAUGAUAUUUAUCAUAAUGGCAUUUUACUCAAGAUUGGUUAUUAUGUAUUUUCAUAUGGAACAUAUUUGUCUCCUUGCAGUAUCACUCUAUGUUUUCAUGACUGGAUCUAAAAUGAUCAGACUGGAGAUUUCUUUGGGAUUCAGUUCUUCAGUCUCAGUUUCAUCCAAAAUUGACAGUAGGAGACAUUGUACAGCUUUGAAGCUAAUCUGGCCCACUGGGUGCCAGAAAAAGUAAGGUUGAAUCAUUAUCUUCUUCCAGUUGGGCCGGACUAGCCGUGAGGCAUCCAUGGAGAUUUCUGCUUUCCUUCUUCUAAACCACCUGGCAGACUGUUUCCUGUGCCAAACCUGCAUAGCUUCCCCAUUUGAGAUCUCUGACUGGAUAAGCACCCAUCCCCUGAUCACUGAUGGGAAGGAGCAAAACUUAGGUUGUUGAUAAACACAUUUGCAGCUUUUGCUUCUUUAUUGGAGGCGCCAAAUCUCAAGAGAAUGUCUUAAGAAGGGGCUUGUAAUGCUGAGCAUUUAGAGACCUGGAACUUUAUGGAACACUCAGCCUUGGAGAUGGCCAAAUUUGUCGAUUGACUAAAUGGUACUGGCCAUGCUAAGCAUUGUUUAGAGACCCUUAGGGUCACUGGAUGAGAAAUCCUUUCUGUGUAGCAGGACCUGCACUUGAUCUAUUUAGUGCCAUCUCAGAUGGACCCCCAUUGUUUAUUCCUCCGGGGAUUGCAAUCACAGAAGCAUUGCCCAGAAAAGUCUCUGAAAUCUUGGAUUUGGCUCAUUGGUUUUUAUAAAGCUCCAUCUGGCCACCAUCUAGUCCCCGGAGGCAUUCUAUCACUUGGAAAGUGAGAGAAGUCUCUUUCAGUUAAACUGAUUGACUAUGGGAUCAAGGAUGAGUUAUAGUUGAAACCUGUGGAGUCCCAUUUGUUACUAUCUUUCUGGACCAAGUGGCAGACGCCGGCUUUGGCUCUAGAAGGUGAAAGGACAGGCCUGUUGACCAACAUGCUGCCAUUAAAAGCUAAAUUUAAAACCUUUGGAGAGGAGGAAAGUAGAAGUGCAAGGGAUGUGGAGCCCCUGCCCCUCCUCCACAAUGUUGGGGAGGCUCUUCUGGGAAUGCAGUCAUAUAUAUAAGCAAAGCUAAAGAAAUGUUUAUUUAUUAUUUUGUGCUGUUAUUUUAUGGUUGUAACUUCUACAAAAUCAGGAUAAGAAUCCUCCCUGAAGGACGGAUAUUGCAUUUUUACUUCUGUGUCCGUUAGCUCUCAUUCCAGGGCCAGGUGACAGUGAUCUAUAAGAUGCAGUAACUUGAGGUGAAGUCCCUGGUCUGGUCUGAUCUUAGGUUUCCCUCUCUGCUCUGAGAAGAGUGUACUGAUGGAGAAGGCUGGUCCUUGUGCAUUGGCAGCAGGAUUCCCAUGCCUGAGUGUGGGAGCAUGGACUGCAGUGUGUUUGCUCAGACAAGACCUACGUCUGGGCAGGCCCUGGGCUUGUAGUGAGUCAUGAACAGAAAGUAAUCAGCAGGUGCUGGUUGGCAGGGUGAUGGGCACUUCUUGGUCAGCUCACAGAUGCACCUCAGUCUAGUUCCUUGGUUCUCUGUGCUCCCUGUUGCAGGGACAGCCAAUUGUGCCAAACUUUAUUAGGAUUUUCAAAUACAGAUAAGUGUUGGUUAGCGAUCUUCUAGGUUGCGACUCUUGGCUUCAGAUGCCUUUAAUUCUAGGCCCCUAGCGCCAUGGAGGCCGCUGCAUCCACGCACACUGCCCAGUCUUCUGCCACUGUCUUUUUAAGUAAACUUCUUAUCAUUGGUGGUAUCCUUCUUUUCUAAGAAACUUAUUUAUAAUCCAUAUUCAAGACGUUCCCUCCACCCCUCAGUGGCCAUUAGUCCUUUGGAACACCUGCUUUCAGGUGCUUCUCAGAAAGUCAUGGCCACCAGAAAUGGGGAGGCACGGGGUGUGGGGCCAAAGGCAGGCGCGGCCUCCCGUGGCCUUAGUACCCAUCUCUGCUCGCAUCUUUGCUUUGGGCCUUGUGCUUCCUUUCCGUUGUUUUGAAUGUAGUUUCCUUUUAUAUUUAUUUGCACAUUAAAGUAAAAAAAAUAAUAAUAAAACAUGGAUGAAAGGUCAGAUGCUCUACCAGUUGUUUUUCAUAAGUAAAUGUAGUGCCAAUGAAGCAGUUGUUGUGGAAGCUCAUGCCUGGAUAUGCUCCGGAGGUCAGGCCAAGGCGGCCAGUGCUCUUCAGCCAGGCACUGCCCUGGGCGACAGAGGCAUCAGCUGGGAGGGCUUGCAAUUGGGAGCUAGGAGGCCUGGGCUGUUGUCUUAGCCCAUGUUUCUACAGAGACCUCAGUUUUCUAAUCUGUAAAAUUGAUUGGUCGGACAAAGUGAUCACUAGACUUCUUCAGCUUUGACGUUCUGUGUUCUAGGUUGCUUUCCUUUUCUGCUGUUCAAUGUUCUGAGGUCCUUUGGAACUCUGACACAGAUUCUACAGCCCCUUCUUAGACUUAUGUUCUGUCUGUUUUCUAGUUCUAACAUCCUGUGUCCUAAGAACUGUCUUUAGGGAAAAAUAUUGGGAGUUAUUCUGAAUCUAGAACAGUCUCAUUUCAAGCCAUUGUUACCGAAGAUGUAGUCCGAUAUUAUUUUUUCAAUGAUAUCUCAUUGAUUGUAAUGAAUAGAAUCUAUAUAAAUUUAUAUUUGUUUGUUUUGUGACACUUGUUAUCAAAAGACUUAAAUUUUACUUUUAAUGACAUCAUCAAUACAAUCCAAAUUACUUUGGAAAUUUGAUUUUUUGCUCAUUUAUUUUCAAGGCUACAUAUAUGGCUUAGGUAUAUGGAUUGACCUUUCUUGAGGUAAGGUUAAGACAUCUGAUGGGACAAGAAGUAAUAGAUUCAAAUAACUCCCUCUUGGGAUUGAAGAGUCUCUUAUAUAACCUGUAGCCUUUUCUUAGUCAUCGUCUGGGCACCUGUGCCAGCUUGGACCCUGUUAAUACCCCUUUUCCCUUGAUAUGUUUUCUCUCUAUCCUCAUGACACUUUCUCCUGACUGCUGCUUCUGAGGUUCCCUUGGUGUACCUCUUCUUUCUCUUCUUAUUCUUUAACUGUGUCCCUCAGAGUUCGUCCUUUUUCCUUUUCUCUUUAUACUGCUUGGUACUCUUCAUUCACUUAAAUGAUGACUUCUGUGUCAGGUCACUCUUUUAUCUCCCAACAGUCCCACUGGGAUCAUCCAUCAGGAGCUCAAUCAAUCUUAGCAUGUCUAGAACUGGACUUACUUCCUAUAUAAAAGCCAUGUUCCUCUUUUCCUGAUUUUCCUAUUGCUGAUAUGGGAGCCAACACCCUCCCAUUCAUAUAAGCACCAAAUAGAAUUCCAUAUGCAAGGAUUUGCUGGGUCUGGCCGUCUCUUCUUUAGUUCUGACUCUGGAGAGUAUCUGGCCUGGAUUAUUGCAGUAGCCUUUUUUGCUUGCCCUCUUCAGUCUUUGUCUCAAAGCAUCUUUAAGUAAUUAAAAUUCUUUAAAUAAACCUAACCUUAAAGAUAAAAUAGGUAAAUAUUAAAACUAUAGUUUGUUAAAAUAUACAUAUAUUGUAUGUAUGCAUAUGUGUAUAUACAUAUAUAUGUCUGUAGCCCUAUAUAUGUGUGUGUGUGUAUAUGUAUGUUGCCUUUGUGUCCCCCUUUCUAUUCAUUUUCUAAUCUGUGGACUUACAAUAUCCUGUUGCUGUUAUUUUUUCUCCUUCCUAAUGGGCAGACUAAAUCAUGUCUGUCUUUCUUCAUAUACUAUCAAUAGCUCCCCAUUCCUUUCAAGUCAACCUCUCCAAUUCCCUAUCCUCUGAACAUAUUUUUCCUUAUUCUUAGAAUUCUCUCCCUCCUUGAAGUCCUACCUCUCUUCAAAGCCAAGGCCAAGGUCAUUAGUUCUAUCAAGCCUUGCCUGAUCAGAGCCCAAGUGGAAAAAGUCAGUCCUUCCUCAGGGUCCCCACAGCACCAUGUUUAUGCUUCACCUUUUAUUCUGUACUGGGGGUAAGAGUUCUUCCUCUCCUAGACCCUGAGCUCCACAAGGAGCUGCUGUCUUAUUGUAACCCUGAUGCCUCCUCAGCUUCCUGCAUUAGGCAGUUAAUGAAUAGUUGUUGAUCAAUAUAGCCCACAAUAACUAAAGAGUAACGAGAGAUCUGGAUGCUGUAGAAGCCAGGUAAUGAGAGAGAUACAGAUGCUAGAGGAGCCAAGUAAUGAGAGAUCCAGGUGCUAGAGGAGCCAGGUUAUGAGAAAGAUUUGGAUGCUGUAGGAGUCAGGUAAUGAGAGAGAUGGAUGCUGUAGAAGCCAGGUAAUGAGAGAGAAAUGGAUGCUAGAAGAACUAGGUAAUGAGAUACAGAUGCUAGAAGAACCAGGUAAUGAAAGAGAUACAGAUGCUGUGGGAACCAGAUUAUGAGAGAGAUACAGAUUAAGAGCCAGGUUAUGAGAGAGACACAGAUGCUGUAGGAGCCAGGUUAUAAGAGAGGUACAGAUGCUGUAGGAGCCAGGUUAUGAAAGAGAUACAGAUGCUGUUAAGAGCCAAGUUAUGAGAGAGAUACAGAUGCUAUAGGACCCAGGUUAAGAGAGAGAUACGGAUGCUAAAGGAGCCAGAGAGAUGGAUGCUGUAGGAGUCAGGUAAUGAGAUACAGAUGCUAGAGGAGCCAGGGCCAGAAGUAAAGAAGCUCGGAUGUAAUUAGGAGGAUUCCAGAGGUGGUCUACCUCUCAGAGAAGAGAAGGAAAGCUCCAUCUUAAGUCAGAUUCCUCAAACUCUGAUCCAGAGCCCUGGCCCUCCCACAUGCCCUCUCCCUGUUUUUGAAGGCCUUGGAAGACAGGGGUAUGCCUGUAGAUGGCCUACAACUUCUCCAGGGUCAAGGUUGGCUCAUCCAGCUUGUACCUGAACAAGAAUCUCUUAUUCUACCUCUUCUGCAAAUGGUCAUCUACCUUUAACAUCUUCCAGUGAGAGGCAGGCAGCUCAUUUCACUUUUGGGCAGCUCCAAUUGUUAACAAGUUUAUCUGACAAUUAGUUAAACCUAAAUUUGGCUCUUUGCGAUUCAUCUGUGGGCUACUAGGUGGUGCGGGGGGUAAAGUGCUGGGCUUGGAAUGGGGACCACUCAUCUUCCUGAAUUGGGAUCUGUCUGGGUCACAAGCUGUGUCACUUUGGGUGAGGCGCUCCACCCUGUGGGCCUCAGCUGCUCAAAUGUAAAAUGGGCUGGAGAAGGAAAAGUCAAACCACUCCAGUGUCUUUGCCAAGAAGACGCCAGAUGGGGUCAUGAAGAGUUGGACCCUGAAGCGGAGCAGCAGCGUUGAUGUUUAUCUGAUGCAUAGUUCUACGGUUUCCAUUCUAUCCAGGACAGGUAGUGACCCUGGAAUCCGAUGGCCAUGUGGGCUCCCUAAAAAAUACAGAGAAAGGCAGCUGGCCCUGCCCAGGAGGGCACUCUGGCUGGACCAGCAAGUGAGGAGCCAGGCUUAGGUUGUCAGACACAUCUGUAGUCCUUGAUGUGGAGAUGUUCUAUCAGGAAAGGGUCCGUGCCGGCUAUAGUUUGGGCAUUGCCAAGUUUGUUGAUCGAACAAAUUGUACAGGCAAGCUAAGCAUUUGUUAGGGAAAUAAAUUAGAGUUUAUGCAGUGCUACAUACACUGGCUCAGCCCUGGUCCUCAUUGCCAGGCAAAUGUCAGAUUAUGCAAGCAGUCUUCAUCGCUAUGUUUGCAGUGGCUCCCUUGCUGACUUGAUUGAUAUUCAGGUCUGGGGUCUGCUUGUAGGAGAUUUUUCUUUUUAUUGAAACAAGCCUUCCACUAAGAGUACUCUCCAGUGAGAUAGACAGUCCGCGUACACUCCAUGGGCAAAGAAGUUUUCAUCUUUGUGAUGUGAUGCAUAAGUUCAACUAUCUAGGAGAGACCACAAGGACUAUGGAGAUUCAACUUAAAAUUUUGCAAAACAAGGUCCCCCCUGCAGGCUCCUGUCCUAGGAUGAUACAUGGGCCACACAGGAUCCCUUUUCUUUUCAUCUUAAAAAAAAAAGGGCAUAGCCCACUCCCCAUCCAAGUACUUGCAAGCCAUAUCUCGCACCUUUACCAUACUCUGGCUUUGUCUACUUACAAAAUGCAAUGCCCAAGUGUUCAGUUCUUAGGGUACAGUCUAACUUGCCCACUGACUGUCCACAUGAAGGACAGAUCUUAAGACUGGCCCCAAGUGAUCUAAAUCACUCAUUCUUUUAAUACCAGAUGCUAAGCAGCUGUUGCCAGGAGUGGCAGAUUGCUAAACUCAGCUCCCCUAAGUGGUAGUGGCAGGGAAACAAGAUGGGGAAAUUACUACUUAAGUACUGAUGAAUCUCUUCAGUCAGUGAGGAAUUGUGAAUAUGUCAUGAAGUGUCAAUUUUGAGAUCCCAGAGAUUGAAUCAUUAGUUAUUUCAUGUUGUGUACAUAUGUUUAAAUAUCAGUUUUCAUAUCUGUCUUGAUGGUUCCCACUCUGAUCUGUGAACUGGCCAAAACCAGCAUGUUGAUGGAAGAGACCACCAGUUGUCAAUAGGUACUCCAUUGGAAAGAAUAAUAACUUCAAGAGAGUUAUCAGGCUUCUCCAUUUCAGUGAAUUUCAUUGUAUUACAGAUGGGUAUCUAGAUUAUUCAAACUUGUUACCUAAUUUGCUAGUCCAUAACGGAUAUAUCAACCACAGAAAAUAGUCAUAAAUUUUAUGUGACCAUUUCUUUGGUUGGCAGUCUCCUCUAAUGACAAUCCAUCAUUACUGUUGCUUAGGAUCAGUUUUAAUCCCAACGAGAUGCCCUUAGAAUCACCAAACUCCACAUAAGUCCAUCAAUUUCAUAUUUAGCUAUCAUUACUUGAAAGAAUUACAAUUGAGAAAGCAAAGCCUGAAAAAUGGAGCAAACCCUGAGAAAAUGUGAUAUUUAUUAAGCUAUCUUUAGCAGUAUUUAGAUACUAUUUCAUUUAUUAUAUAAAGAGAAAAUUCGUGUCCUCAAUAAUAAAAUGCUUAAGAUUGAAAUUUAUUCAACAUCCCAGGCCUAAAAAAAAAAAAUCCUCUAGAACUUUAUAAUAUUUAUAAAUAAUAUAAAAUUGAUUUCCUAAUUUCCAAAUUAAUUCAAUGGACUAUUGUAUUCUAAUAAGAAUAUUCAAAUUUAUGCUCACAGCUUAGCACAUUGUCUGGAUCUUGAUAGAAAUGCUUGCUGACUCAUUCCAUUUUUAUCCUCUUUCAUUUCAAUGCAACCCCGCUGAGAUUUCGUGAAGCUUUUUUCCUUUUGUCACUGAAACUGUUUCUUGCUCUUUUAUUUAAUUUUGAAGACUCACUGCAAUUAUUUGGUUUUCAAACCAAAUUAAUCCCAUGUAAAUAGACAUAAGUUUGUCCUCAUGACACAGAUAAGAAAAGAGAUUUAAUAAUGUCUCAAAAGCAAUUUUUCUAGGUCAAGUCUACUUCAAAAAUUACUUAUGUCUGUCUGUAAGAUAUUCAUAUAUCAUUGGAAAAUAUUCCCAUCAUUUGGAAGAGUUUUACUUUCUUGGAGAUAGCAUCUCAAUAAUUCUGUUGCAAAGUUAAAAAAAACAAACAAACAAAAACCUUGCAAUCUGGUCUUACAAGUUUAGCAUUAUAAAGGGGAAAAUUCCUGUCUUUUAGGAUACAUCUUAUGCAUCCUUUAAUUUUAAUGCACAUCUAGUUUGACUGCUUCCUACCUGGUGUAUUGCCCUUUGCAGACUUUGAGCAUUGAGAAAUACUGCUCCCUGGUGGCUGAGGCACCUUGGGACAGUCCCAAUUUAACAUUCUUAACCAUCGCCCAUGCUUUCCCAAGUUUGUUUUUUGGUUUUUUUGCCAGUGUAAAUGCCAGCAUUGUUUUAUUUUUAAUCAAGUAUUUCUCUGAAACCUCAUGACAUCCAUGGUGGACAGAAAUAAGACAUUGGGCAUGAACUGAGAAAUAAAAUACAUGAUAUGCAGAAAGUCAGUGCUUUAGUCUAGCAAGAUGACCACAAAUGACGAAAUGCCUUCUCUAUUCUUCCCAAGGUGGUCGUAAUAAUGCUGUAUUUGAUUGUAUCCUGUCCAGUCCUGAACCUUUCCUCAGUCCCCUUAUCUCUGGUCUCAUACCUGUCUGUCUGCCCUGUUCUCCCAUUAGUGAUUUGUUUCUGAGAAGCUUCCUUUUUUGGUGAUGAGCCCAGAUUGGCCAUACUUCAUACCUCUCUUGGCACCAAGAUUCAGCUUCCUUUUUUCAUCUUGAAGAUUCCUUCUCUUAGACCAGGUCCCUCCUCUGAUUGCUAGGGCUGGCCAUGCUCCUGACUUGCAGUCCUUUGCCAUCAGGUACCUUCUCUUCUCCCUUUUGCUUUUCAACUCCCUUUGACAUUUCUCUCCAUUAUAAUUAUAAUGUGAGAUCUUUGAGGGCAGGGACUCUCUUUUUGCUCAUAUUUGCAUUCCUAACCCUUAGCAGCAUUCCUUACAUACACUAGUAAGUAUACAUGUAGUAAGACAUUAUAAUUAUAAUAUAUUGGCUUGUUGCCUAGUUGUCUGUUCCCCAGGAAGGAUUUUUUCUCCCCUCUUAUUUCUUCAUUCUUGGGUUUCCCUCUGCAGGACAAGUAAAUACUAUCCUAAGAUCUUUAUAUCUGUCUUGUCUGGACAACACCCUCCUGUCUCCACCCCGAAUUUCUUUUUUUCCUGCUUAACAACCAGGCAGGAAAAUCCAACUCAGUGAUAUAUCGCCUAAGCUAAGAUCAUAAAAUUAAAGCUAGAAAAAAGCUUCUUUGCAACUCUAGUUUCUUCUUGAAUCUUGAUGUAUUUCCCAUAAUGCUUGGCGUCCAUCUCAUAACAGCAGCUGUUUGUUCCUUGAUAUUGUAAAUUUUGCCCACAAAUUCUGAUUGAACCUUUAUUGUUCUUGUUCCUUGCUUAGGUUUGCUUACUCGAAGGGGCUUGCUGCUCAUGUAAUUUAUCUAGUUCCUCAGGGAAACUGCUACAAUAGGAAAAACACCAAUUUUGGAGUCAGAGGACCUAGGUCCACAUGCUGCUUCUGAUAUUUAACACUUGCGUGACUUUUGGCAAGUCACUUAACUCUUCCUUAUAGAUAAAAUGAGGUGUUGGAGUACAUGGCCUCUAAGGUCCCUUCCAUCUCUAGAUCAAAGAUAGCGAUGAUUUAGCUUCCAUCCUUCUGUUCUUCCAUGUUUCAUCACUUACACAUAUCUAGAAAUAUCCUUGGGGAACUCACUAGGCCCGAAUAACCUCCUAUAUACCUUUCUCAUCAUCCUAGUUGUAAAGAUCGAAUCACUUAUCUUAUAGAAGGUCUCCUAAUUCUCUUAUACUCACACUUGGGAGCACAAUCUCCUCCUCUCUAGUAAAAGGAACUAUUUCACAUAUUAAUUUACAGUAUAAAAUUGUGAUUCUCUAUUUUUCCCAUCAGGAAUUUCAGUUCCUUACUCUGGGAGCAUUGCUACUAUAAUUGAAGUGUUUUCUCAAGCAUCUUUAUUAUGGGGUUCUAAUUUCUCACCAAGUUCCCAAAUCUGUACCAUCUGUUCCCAAAUGGUGGGAGUUUAAUCAUCCUGCUGGUUUUGCCAAAGAUGUUUGCUCCUGGACUCACCUUCAGAGAUACCAGUGUUCCAUUCAGUACCAUCAGAUAAAUUUUGCUUUUAAAGAAAAAAAAUGGUGGACUUUGGUUUCAGGAAGAAAUUUGGAGUUAUUAAAAGAACUUUGUAAUUUUUCAAAUGUGGUCUGUCCCAUUCUCCUGUUCAAUUGUGUGAGCCCAAAUCAUUGUCCAUGUGCAGUGUCUGUCCAAGAUAUAAACUACCAGUUGGUAUCAAUCAGCUACAUAGUGUAGUCAGUACUUCAACUUGGUUUCUCCUGCAUGGGUAAUUAGACCAACUCUUUUUGAGUGAUUAUGCAUGCCAUUGCAGGAUGAACUGUGAUUUUCCAGGUCUGAUAACACUCAGUACAAAGUCGUCUAUAAAGAAAAAACAUCUAGAGGACUUCACUCUUUGAUUUGGACUCUAUGCUGGAUUUUCUCUGUGACAGUUGUGGACGCUGGAGAACGCUUUCCCCUGUUUCAUGCCUCUCUUGAUACCAGUCAAGGAAGCUUGCAUAAUUUGAGAAUGUGAACUGGAGAUUCCUUUUUUGGAGGAGAACCUUUGUGGUAUCUUUUUGCUAAUUAAAGCAAAGGCUUUUUCAUAGUCAACAAACAAGCCCAGUGAGAACUUGCAUUUUCUUUGUGCAUGGGAUGAUUGGUUUUUGUCAAUGGUGUGAUGACAAAGGUGUGCUACAUAAUGGAAUAUUUUGCUUGUGAAAACCUGUCCAUUCUCUUUAUUGAGAAUAUCCUAACGUGUACAGGUUAUUCUAAUUAAAAAUGGCACAUGUUGGGGUACAGUCACUGAAAUUCUCUUGGUUUCCUUUGUGUGCGCAUGUGUGUGUUUGUAUGAAAAUAGGAUCCAUGGUUUUUUCCCUAUACUUUUGAUAUCUCUCCCUUUUUUUAUACCUUGAGAAUCCCACAGUGUCUUCAAAAUUGUGUAACUUCCAAAAUAACUCUCCUCUGUAUAUACAUAGGGUCCAAUCUAGUCCAGCUAUGCCUCCCAUCUUUGUCCUUUUCAGGGACAUUUGUGCUUUAGCAUAAGCCACAUCUGAGAUGGUGAUGUUAGGGUCCAGAAUCAGUGGCUCUUGGUUGGUGAUAGAAAUGUGUUAUGAAAAUCUUCCCAAAGCUUUUCUGUCCUUUGUAUGUUAUACUUCGUCCAGUUUCCUCCUCAAGUACCCUUGGGAUGACUUUCACCAAGUCUUUCAAAAAAUAAGUUUUCCUUUCACUGUUGGUUGCUGUUUUAUUAAGAAAUGCAGGUUAUAACCUUCCACCAUUCCCCUGCAUAAGAAAUUACAAACAAAUUUAUCGAGUCUAAAGCAGUGUUGUCUUUGGCUGUGUUGUCUCAUUGUUUGACAAUUGAGUCAAAUAUUUUGCUCAUCAAGGUGGUUUGGGGGGCUUCUCCUUAUGGCAUUUAAUUUUAUAUUGAUUGACUUUUGUAUGAAAUUGCAAUCAGUGUUGUUUUCCUUUUAUUCAUGAAUUAAAAAAAUUUCUGGCAUCGAUAACAUAACAAUUAGGUUGGAAUUGUUUUAACAAAUCUUUUCCUCAUUUUUAUUCUUCUAGGUUUAUACUAAUUUCUGUCAAGGUUACCACCAGACUUCCAGUUAUGAAAGUUCACAGUUUUGUAGUCACAGAUGACUUCCCACUCAUUCCACAUUAUCUUUUUGCUAAGUUUUUCUCAAUUCUGUCUUCAUUUCUUUAGCCUGAACUGUUCCAGCAAGCUCCCAACUGAUCAGACAACUUCAAAUAUCCCAUCACCAAUCUUCCACAUAGCUGCCAGUGGUAGUCAUGAAUAUGCUACUCUCCUGCUCAAUAAUAAUUGUUGUGGCUACCUAUUACCUCCAGGAUCAAAUACAAAUUCCUCUGUGUAAUAUUUAAAGCCCUUCUUGACCAAUCAACUUAUUCCCCUUCAUGAAUUCCAUGGUACAGCCAAACUGGCCUUAGUAUUGUUCCUCACAGACUAUACUCUGUGUCCCAUUAACUGGUCUUUACACAGGCUGUCCUCCCUCCUCAUUUUCCUGUUGGAACCCUUAGUUUCUUUCAAAGCUCAGCUCAGAUACGACUCAGGUAUGAGCCCCCUAGCUGCUAGUGCUCAUCAAUGGCUUUGUACUUAGUUACAUGUAAUUUGCAUUUCAUUAUUUUGCAUAUCCUCAUGUGCUUACCUAAUUUUCUCUCUGGACAGAAUGUAAGCUGCUUGAGGAAAAGGGACUGCUUCUAUCUUUAUCUUUGUGUAAGGCACUGGGAAUAGAUACAUAAUAGUAGGCACUCAAUAAAAGCUUGUUGGUUGAUUGUUUGCUUAUUCUACCAAAUAGAUGGUCUGACUAAAGAGAUUAUUCAGAAAUUCCCACCUCCCACUACCAUCAUCACCAACGAGUCAUUUCUUGCCUGUGGAGACAAUCACAUUUGUGUUUUGUGAUGUUAAUCCAAUGUUUAUUUACUAUGUUUAGCACUUUUACUCAAAGAAGGUAUUAAUAGAGACAUGAGAUUUUUGAGUAAUCUUGAGUCUGAAUGUUAUUUGUGAAUUACUCAUGAAUUACAUUUUUUAAAAGCAUUUUUCUUCACCUUCAUCUAUGCCCACCUUUGCAUUGAAAUUGAUAUACAUAUUGAUUUAAUUUGGAAACUUAUUGAGCUGUUUCUGGAGUUUUUCUACCUCUUCACACCCUGGAGCAGAUGGUAAUAAGUUCAGUGAUUUCCUAUGUGAUCUUUUUGGAAAUACAAUGAGCACUGCGAUGCAAGAUAAACCGUUUUUUGUGCCUUUUGGUUAUGAAAUAAAAUCAGCUGACCUCUUUAUUUUCCCUCUUCAAGAAGAACCUGAGUGCUAAUUUGAUUUCACUAGUUUCCUUUUGUCCUUUUGUUUAAAUUAUGGUGAGAAUGCCAAGAUGAUGGUGAUUCAGUUCAUCUAGUGGUAGGUUUGUAUGUUAUGGGCCUCUUCGGGUCUCACAGGACACAUUGCCAUUUACCAAGAGACUCAAUCUCUACCAAGAACCACCUCAAAUUUCAUGCUUCCCUCAUUAAACUUUCCAACUGAUAAUUCUGUCUGGACAUCUCUCUGAUCAGAAUGCUUCUGUUCUAUACUUGCUCCAUCCCAGUGAUGUAAACCUCUGGCUGCCAGUGUAUAACUUAUUCCUAAUCCUCGUUUUCUCACAUUUAUCUACCUCAGCCCUACCCACUUGUGUCCUGUCCUUUCAUUGUACUCCCUGGAAUGCCUGCUCCACAAUGAACAAACCACCAUUUCUCAUUUCUGACACCACCACUUUCAUGUUCUUCACCAUCCUUUCAGCACUGGCUACAUUUUCAUACUAGUUUCCCAAUUUGCCGGUCAUGGUGAGGAUGUUGGAAUGUUCCUCAUUCCCCACUGACAUCUCCUCUGAGGGAGGAGAGUGAGAUGCACAGGGAGACAUUAAGCAAUCUUUCAGGUUCACACUCUGUAAACCUAUCACCCAAAUUAAAUCCUGGUGGUUAUCUUUAACUCCCCUUUAUCCACUUCUUCCUUUUUCCCUUGGGCAUUGGACUUCCUUCAGUAACUCUCCCAUAUUGAACCAGGUUCAUAGUCUUUGCCAUUCCACUUUUCCUUAAGCUUGACAACCUGAACCCUGUUCUUUGUCCUUACUGUGACCUCCCUUCCCUCUCCUGACUCACCUAAUUCUUUGUCCCGCCUCCUAGAUUCCCUCUCCCUUUGGGUACUGUUGUCUUGUUCAUUAUGAUUUACCUGUAUCUGCUUCAUUCACUUUUAUUCACAUGCUGCUGAAUGGGGAUUCAGACCAUCACAAACUGCUUCAAAUUUAUAUUAUCUGAUCUUAACUGGGCCCUCAACGCAGGGCCUCCAUUUACACAUUAUCCACUGGAGCAGCUAUUUCACAUUUUCUCCUUCUCCCCUGUCCUCCACAGUACCGUCUCCCUCCUUUUUAGAUGAGACCCUUAAAAUUUGCUUACAUCACAUUAUCUACCUGUCCACGCCUCCACCGCAGUCCUGGCCCUCUGCACAAGCCCUUGAUCCCAGCCUCUCCUAAGCCCUCCAGCAACAUCCAAUCUCUGGAGUGCUUUUGGCUCUCUUGUGCUAACUGCUGUCCCUGUCCUCCCUGUGCAGCUCGCUUUCCUCCCUCAGAGUCUCUGUCAUCUGCAUUUAGGGCUCCCCAUUUCUGCUCUUUCUAUGCUCUGCCUUCAGACCUCAUCUUGAACAGAAAGUACUAAGUAGCUCCCUGGGCAUUGGGUCAGGAAGAUGCGAGUUCAAAUAUAGCCUGAUAUUGACUCUCUGCAGUAUCCCGAGCUAGUCAAGUCACCUCUGUGUGCUUUGGUUUCCUCAUCUAUAAAAUGGGGAUAAUAAUCCUGCUGCCCAGGAUAGUUGCGAGGAUCAAAUGAGAUCAUAUUGAAAAAGCAUUUUUAGCUCAGUACCUGGCACAGAAGCUAUAUAAAUGUUAAUUAUUAGCUAUUAAUGAUUUCUUGUUAGUCCUUGACUCUCAAAGAGGACCCUAUUGGGGAGGGGAUAUCAUAAUAUGCAAGGGAGCUGGAUUUAAGUGAGAGAGGGCUGUGCAAUGUCCUCCAGAGCCAUCUGGGCCCAGUGACCAGUGAGAUCAGGAUGAUUGGAGACGGCCCUGGAAAUAACCUUUCCUCAAUCCUGAUUGCCCUUGACUUGUGCAUGACGUCUGGCACUGGCAAUCAUUUCCUUCUAAGCUCUCCUGAUCUUUUAUCUUGGCUCCAUUCUUCGGUCUCAUCCUUCUAAAUCUUCAUCUGGGUCCUCCUCAUUGAGUCCGGGUAAUCCCACAAGGCUCUGUCCUGGGCCUCUUUUUUUUUUUCUUUACUAGAGGCAAUACCAUCCACUCCCGUGGCUUCAGUUACUUCUGUGUAGGUGGUUCUCCGAUUUAGGGAUCAAUCCAUAGAGGGUCUGCUGAACUGCUUUGACCUGAGGCGGCUAGACACUCUAUGAUCCUGAGCAAGUCUCACUACCUCUCUGCCUGUUUCCUCAAAUGUAAAAUGGGGAUCAUAGUAGCACCUAUCUCAGGGUUGCUUCAAGGAUCAAAUAGAUAAUUGUACAAUGUACAAAAGAGUGCCUGGUGGUAAUAGGGACUUAAUAAAUUUCCUUCCCUUUUCCCUUUUCCUCUUGAACUGCUGUCCUGUAGGCAUCUCCAACUCGAGUCCAAAACAGAACUUAUCAUCCCCCUCCCCAAACUCUUUUCCUCUCUGAGCUUCCUUAUUACUGUUGAGAGAGGGUAUCACCAACCUGGGGUCCUUGAUUCCUCUCACCUCUCAUAUCCAUCUCCUCCUCCCUAAUGAAGUCUGGACUGGGUGACCACAACUUGCCUGGUUUCCCUCAUUUCUUUCCCUCUUAGCUGCCAACCUUGUUACCACAUAAGGGAUGUAAAACCCUGUUGGGCAUUUAAAGCUCUUCAUCCUGGGGCUCUUCCAACAUUUCCAGCCUUCUUACAUCUUACUCCCCUGACCCCUUUCUGUUCUUGGAGCAUGACACUUCACUUCCUACCUCUGUAGGAAUGCCCUCCUCCCUCCAUUUCCCUACCUUCUUAAGACUCAGCUCCCCAUUCCACCUUUUGCAGGAGGCCCUUCCUGGUCCCAGAAGCUGCUAAUGCAGAUUUCAAGUUACUCCUUUAGGUGACAUUCAUCUGCUCUGUAGAUAUCUUUGUUUGACUGAACCUGAUUUCAUAAUAGGCACUUAAAUUUAACUUAAUGGUUGAAUUUAAUGAUUAUAUAAGAGAGAAAACAGUAAUUUAAGAGGAAUAGGACUUCCACAGAGAGAAUCAAAGACCUUCCUCAGCAUUUCCUCUUCCAGCUAGUGACAGGUUACUUUUACCUUGUCUCUCCAUUAGAAUGUGAACUCUGUGACAGCAGGGUACUUUUUGUGUUUAAAAAAAAAUAUUCCAGCAUUUAGCAAAGCACCUGGCAGGUCAAAAAUGCUUCAUCAAGGCUUGUGGACUGAUUAACUGGUCAUCAUCUCAUCUUUAGAGUGCCAUUAAUUAGGCUAAUGAGGAUUGUAAUGGUUGAUCUAAAUUAAAUGUUGAUUUUUAAAAAGCAUCUUCAGUCCCAUUUCCAACCAUUUUGCCACCAUCACUGUAGGAACAAAAAGGUUCCAUCCACAACUGAAGUCAAUUUUAUAUUUUGCUUUGUUUUAUGAAUUGCUAUGAUGUCAUUAUCUUCUCCUCCUCCUGGAUGCACUCAAUUUCAAUUAUUCAAUAAACAUUUAUUAAGUACUUUCUAUGUGCCAGGAAAUGUGUUAAGCCUCGAGGAUACAAAAAGAGGCAAAAGACAGUUUACAAAAAUUUACAACCUAAUUGGGCAGAAAACAUGCAAACAAACUUGUAGAAAUAUAUAGAGAAUAAAUAGGAAAUAAUUAAAAGAGAAAGCAUUAGUAUUAAAGAGGGAUUGAGAAGGUUUCCUGUAGAAGUUGGUAUCUUAGUUAAGACUGAGGAAGCCAGAGAGGUCAAAAUGGAGGAAGAAGAGUAUUCCAGGUAUGGGAGAUGGCCAGAGAGAAUGUCUGGUACCCCAGAGAGGGAGAAUCUUUUUAUUGGAACAGUCAGGAGGCCAAUGUCACUAUAGGUAGAGUAUGUUUCGGGAUGGUGAUUGAUUCUCUCCCGAGAGGUUCCAUUCUCUGCUUCUCAGAAGGAUGUCCUUUAUACAGUUAAAUUAAAUUCAGCAACCAUAUUUAUGUACCAGACACUGAUAGGAAUUGAGAAUAGAUAUGUCUUUGCUUUUAAGGAGCCUACACUGAAUGGGUGGGUAGUGGUAGUGGUGGUAGUUACAGAAGUAUGGUGAAGAAAUGAACAGAUUUAUAGACUCAUAAAUGCAAAGGGUUUUUUUUUUUUGGUAGGAGAAGGGAAUGGUUGAGAGCCUUCAGGACUAGAAAGGAUCAGGAGAGACCUUUGCAAAAGGUAGGAUUUGAGCUAAGAAUUGAAAGGGAGUAAGGAAUUCCAAAGGCAAUAGUGAGGGGGAUUAAGAGUUUCAGGCACCAGGUUCAGCCUGUACAAGAUCAUGGUGGCAGGAGAUAGCAUGUUAAUAGAGAAGGAAUAGUAAAUAGGUCAAUUUAGCUGGUCCAUAGAGUGUGUGUGUGAUUUGGACCACAUACAGAUUUGGAGAUUAGUCAUGAUGGUUGGGGCUUCAUAAGGGAUUAAGUGAUGAUAGGACAAGAAGGCAACUGAGGAUAGAGGAUGACACAAAAAUGAAUUUUGAAAUGGAUUUCAAAAAAUUCAGGAUUUCAAAGGUCAGAGGUAGAGUAGGAAUGGUAUACUAGAUAAAAUGAACACAGGUUAUAAUGAGAAUGAAAAGGUUUAGGAGGAAUGACAGAAUGAUGGAAGUAUAAGAGAUGGUCAAAGAUGAAUUUCAAAGUUCAAGGUCAUGAAGCCUGAAUGGUUAUGGGUGAUGAUGAUAUCUAAGGGUAUGGCAUCCUUUUGUGUGGCUAAUAGGAUAUGAAGUAUUGAUGAACUGGGAGGCCAGGUAUAUGUAGAUUGAAGUCCCCAGGUAUAAGACCAGAAGUUGGGGUAGAGAAUCACAAUUUGAAAGUUGAUUAUCUAGUUCAACUCUUAGCCCAAAAAGAAUCUCUACUAUAAAAUAUUAGACAUUUAGUCAUCCAAUCCAAGUUUUAAAGACUUCCAAAGAGGGAUAGAAUGUGAACUGGGUAGGUGAAAAAAGGGAAUGACCUAGGGGUUGGAGUGCGGUACCUGUGAUUUCUAGUGAGGGGCAAGACUGUGAGCCAAGUGCUCAACUCCUUGAGAAGAAGGGGAAUGAUCUGGAGUUGGAGGCUACCUAUAACUGCAAAUGGGAGAUUUCAAAGAGAUUUCUGAGAGCAGAGGGAGUGUGGGAAGAGGCUGUAAUAAAGCAUUUGCCUCUAACUCUGACCCUGUGAGGACAUGAAUGUACAUUCAGGACUGGAGACUGUCCAGGGAUGAAGCAAAUUUUGUGGAGGUCAGGUGCCCUUGAGGGCAAGGAGAUGGAAGGGAGACUUUAGGGGAAAGAUUUUUGUUUUGUAUUGUUUUGUCUAUAUCUCUAGAAUUUAGCUUGGUGCCUGCUUGUUGUUGUUGAUAAUGAUGAUACAAAGGGCAUUUUAUUAAGAAAUGGGAAGUUGGAUGGGAGAGGGGAGAAGGGAGAUGGGGUCAGAGAGGUGAAACAGAAGUAGUGGAGAUAUAGCCUAGGAAGGCAGUUUUUCCCCUGGCAGCCUUUGACUCUGAGUCACAAGGAACUGUGACUCACAGGAGAGUAAAUUGUCACGUUCUUCUUUCCCGAUGAACCCUAGUCUUUCCUUCCCAGCCCCACUCUGCACCAUCCUCACUCUGAGCUAACUUGUUUAAUUACUCUGUGAGGGGUGAGGCUGGACCCUGAGUCUCCCAUCCUGGCUUGGGCACAAGAGUCUUUAUGUUACUGCUUUCAGCUGGUGAGGAGGGCAGAGACUGAGCUUUGUCUGCCUCCUGUUUCACCAUCGACACUGACUUGUUCUUCUCCCCCCAGGAGGGAGUAAUGCUGGUGCAUAGACUUCAGUCCAGAUCCUGCCAUUGUUAUGAGGACAUAAAUUAGCUCCAUUCAGGCUCUCUGCAACAUUGGCUAAAUAUCUGGGUCCUGCCAUCAUUGUCUACCUGGUUUACUUCAUCUGGGACAUCUGGAACUAGAUAUUUUGCAGACAUCUUAUAUUCAACUUGUCCAAAACAGAUCACUUUCUUUCCCCCCUCCCUUCUCCCCAACUUUUCUGUUACUGCCCAAGGUCCUGCCAGUUUCCCAUUCACUUGGGCUCAGAACUUGUGCUCCUUGAUUCCUCACUUACACUGUGUAGCAAUCAGGGAGCAUUUGUUAAGCUCCUAUAUGUAUCAGGGACUUUGCUGAAUGCUGGAAUUGCAAAGAUAGGUCAAUCUAUUCUGUUCUCAAAGUCCAUAGAAUCCCCCUUCAUCACAAACUCAGUCAACAAGCAUUUGUUAGGUGCGGGCUGUGUGCCAUGCACUGUGCUUAGCACUGGAAACAACAAAGGCAAAAAAAAAAUCAUAAUUCCUGUUCUCCAGAAGAGUACAUUUUAAUGAAGGGAUUUGUGCAGUCCUUUCAGUCUGACUCUUAUAACCCCAUUUGAGAUUUUCUUGGCAAAGAUCCUGGAGAGCUUUGCCAUUUCUAGCUCAGAAAGCUGACGUAAAUAGGAUUUUUUGGGUCAUGAUUCCCUCUUGUUAUACCUUCUUAAUAAAUCCCUUUUUUGGAAGUUGAUUCUGAUCAUGAAGAGUCUUUUGGAUGGGAGCUUAUGAAAUUCAUACAGUUAGUAGAUGACUGAAGCUGGAUUUGAAAUCAGAUCUUCCCAACUCCAGAUUCAGGGUGCUAUCCACUGGGCCAUCUAGCUGCCCUCUAAUGAGAGAGACAAAGAUACAGUGUAAAUGGAAGGUAAUUUCAGAAGCAAAGUACUGUCAUUGGAGGCGAGAGGACCAGGGAAAGAAAGCAUCUUGGAGAAGCAAGGAUUUGAGCUGAGUCCUGAAGAAGGACAGGAGGCAGACAUGAAGGAGAGUAUUGCAGGCAGAGAGUGAGCCAGGAGAAAGGCUUGAAGGUGGAUGAACAUUCUGAUAGAGAAGUGAUGAGGUGAUGAGAUCAAAACUGCCUCUGGCAACCAGAGAACAUUAAUAGAGUCCACUGGAAUAGUAGGGGCUGAUGACAGAAAAAACACCUGCAGGCCUCAUCUGCAGCAGAUUCAAGCAUCAUGACCUCUCUCAAUGAGAGAAAUACUAACUCUGGCAUUGAUCCUUGGAGACCAUCAGACAUCAAGAAAGAGUCCAUAUAACUCUAGGGCAACAGGAGAUGAGAAGUACCUCAUAUUUUCUCUACAGAUGUGCCUCAUUAUCAUUACUAUUUUCAAAUUUGAGGCCACUUUCCUCUGGGACUUUCUAUAUGAAAAGGGAGAGUGCAUUUGUUUUUUUGGGGGGGCUUUUUUGGUCAUGACUCUUUUGUUAUACCUUCUUAAUAAAUCCCUUUUUUUUUGGAAACUGAUUCUGAUUGAUAAUGGAGAUAAUUUGAUUGAUCCUUUGGAUGACGGUUUAUGAAUCACAAUGUUAGAUAUUUCAGCCCAUCAAAGUUACUCCUAGAACUCUGAGGGGAAUUGUAGUCAGCACCUUUCUGGAGAACUCAUCUAUGUAGUGCAAGAAAGAAGAGCUGAUAGCUAACGUUUAUAGAGCUUACUAUGCGCCAGGUAUUGUGUCAAGCUCUUUGCAUUUUUUGUCAUUUGAACCUCACAACAACCCUAGGAAAUAGGUGAUGGUGUUAUCCCUAUUUUGGAGAUGAGAAAAUAGAGGCAGAUAUAUCUCCUCAUGAUCAUGCAGCUAGUAAACGAAGCUGAAAUGGAAUUCAGAUCUACCUGACUCCAAGCCAGGUAUUCUGUGCACUAUAGCCCCAUGUAGUGCCUCUGAGAGGAGGAGUGGUGUUGAUAUGGUAUAGCUUUUAGGGAAAUAUAGUGGUGGUUUUGGGGUUCCCUGAUCUUGAGGGGCUUCUGUUCUAACAAUAAGUUAGUAGUCCUAAAUCUUUUAGCUUUGGAAUCUGCCUCAGGAAAUCCCCACAUUUUGUCAGCCUUAUUGGAUAUGUGGAAUGAAUUUUAUGAAAUUUGGUCCAAAGUUAUUUAGUUAUUACCUAUAUUCUGAAUCUUAAGAUUUGUCUUGCUUUCUCCCUUUAACAAAGAAGUAAAAGCAAGAAAAUUUGGCAUAUAGGGAUUGCAGAACAAAUUGUAGGGUGAAAGAUCUAAAAAUGAUAAGAAGGUAUUGAGGAGAUGUCCUUCCAUCAGGAAGGGAGCCUGAUUCCAACAUAUUAAGGGAGCCUGGUACCAACAUAAUCAUUUUAGGUUUUAAUGAAAUGACACUAGUGGGGAAACUGAGAUAUAGUGGAUUGGAAUCUUUCCCCUGAGCUCUGCUGCUCUUAGAGGGCUUAAUGGAAAACAUUGGAACAAAUUGUACCUAAGUAUGGAUUGGUAGAGACUAUUGAUUCUGAUGAACGUAUUUUACUUCUAACAUUUUAUAAAAAAUAAUGGGGAGGUUUUGAAAAUUGAGCGGCAAUUCUAUACAUCUGAGCAUCUGCCUUCAUCAGGGAAAUUAUCAAAUUGAUGUUAGAGACUAAAUUGCCUUGGACCAAAUGUUUGUCUAUUACUUUGUUAAAGAAUUAGAACUGUCCCCAGAAGUGAUCUGGGACUUUACCCAUAUGAGAUUGGUUUAUUUUAUUUGGAGAGGAGAAAGGGAAAGACCCUCUAGAAACGAAAGAUAAGUUUUUAAGGAAUUAUAUACUGGCAGUGUCCUUAUCCCUGUUAGCUCUGUGUGAAACAGUAUCAUCCACAAAAACAGACACUCUCAGAGAAAGAAAAACCAAGAAGAGUUUUAUUACGAUCUUGUGAGAAAGGGCAUCUUCCAUCUGACUAGAUGUUUGUCAAUGAAGGAAGUGCAAAGCAUAAAUUGCAAAACACCAAAUUAAAUAGCCUGAAUGUAGAAGUCCCUAAAGUCCCCACCCCUCCAGGCUGGUCUUUUCUCCCAUUGUUUGGGGAAGUCUAGGCUUACAUUCUAAUUGUAGAAAUCUAAUUCAGAAAUAAAAGAAAUACUUAAAAGGUGAUGAUGGUAGGGAAACUCAAGAGUUUAUUAUUAACUUGUAUGCAGUUCCAGGAAAGUGGGUGCUUACUAAGUCCUGGAAAAAACAGAAAGGGAAGGACCUUACCAGACACUACAGAGGACUGAAACUGCAAAAUGGAGGCUGAGAAUACCAGGAUUAAAGGACCUAUGGAGGAACCUCAAGAAUGGAUUGUUAAGAACAAUUUGUAACCUCUAAAAUUGACUUUGCAAUUAGGAAUAUUUUGGUGGGAGGGGAGAUUACUGUUGUACCUGUUUUUUAUGUUUCCAGAAAAAUUUAUAGAGAUUCCUCCUUGAUUUAAGAAAGUUGAAUUAACAUUCUUUAGGAUAAAGAAAUUAGUAAUGUUAAUUCUGACAGGGUUCUUUAAUGUGAAAUUGGGACAGUAUGGUCUGUAUUCUGUGAGUUUUAUUUGGUUGUAUCGAGUCAUUUUAAAGUUGUUCCCAUUGGUUAGGAAGAUUCUGAGAACACUGUCUUUGUCCCUUUGAACAUGGUUAGUACCUGAACAUGUUUUGAUGUAGAAUGGUUAUGAACAUUUUAAAGUAAAAUGAUUUGUGUAUUGUUGAAUUUAAAGUUCAUGCACUUAGAUAUGAAGACUUUCUAGGAUGAAUCUUUUUUGUUAUCAAUGUAAGAUUAUAGCCAAUACUAUAUGAAAUAUGAUCAUUGAGAGCUAACAGCUUUGAUUAAUGAGACUUGCUAUUUGAGAUAAAAUCUCUUGGCACUAAAGCUGAUAUUAUUUGGAGUUUUGAAUUCAGGUAUGAUUGUGUGAUGGAUCAUCAAACCAGUAAUCCACCAUCUGAAAAGAAUACGUCACAAGCUCCUCAGAGGAAUGUGAUCCUGAAUUGUUCCAGGUGGACGUUAGUAUCUGGACAAGAAUUGAGGGAACAACCUUGGCCUCCGCUUAAAGUGGGAUCCUUCUCAGUUUCCAAUUUUCUUUGAAUAAGAACCCACCUGAUUUCUUCCUGAGUCUGGCUAUAAGAUGGAAUUGUUACAAUUAGCUAAGGAUGCUUUAUCCAGUCAUGUAUGUGCUCUCAGGCUAGGCCUGAAGCAUCAGUUUCUGAUUAUAAUCAUGUCCCUGCUUUUUCCUCUUAUAGCAAAUUCCUAUAAUCAGGGCAAAUGUUCAUGAGCACAAUUCAGGUAUGUAAGAUUUUGCAGUUUCCUAUCUAAAAAUAUGUGGUCAUUAUAUCCUAAAUAAGUAGGUAAGUGCAUCUAUAGCAUUUCUAUUGUUGCUGAAUUUCCUGAUAGGCAUCUUUAUGUUGUGAAGUCUAAUUACUGGGGACAUAAAUGGUUAGGAUGAUAGAUGGCCCCAGGUGGGAGUAGGGGGUACAGAACCCCUAUUUGUGUGCUGAAUAUGCUCAUUAGACUCCAGGCCAUGGUUAAAAUAAUUACUAAACAGAUGACAAAGGCAUUGGAUUUAUUAGCAGACCAGGUCACUCCAACAUAGACACAUUAGACUAUUUUUUGGCUGAAGAAGGCAGAGUUUAUGGGAAAUUAAAUUUUUGCUGUGUGAAAAUUGAUGAUAAUGAACAAGUAGUGAAGGAAAUUGC